CAGAGGACAAAACAUCAGACAUUGGUGUAGGGAACUCAUUCAGUGUCUUCAGCUGUCAAAGGUUUCACUCUGAAGAAUGGGAGAGGUCUACGUUAACAACACUUUACAGGACAUGAGCCAUGAUUACAACAGCACCUUCAACGACCUUGAGUUUGAAAAAAUAAAAUUCAUCAAGUAUGUGAUGAUAUGCAUAAUCAGCUGUAUUGGAAUUCCUUUGACCCUCGUGGCCAUCUAUGCUCUUUAUUCUCUGGUGCGAAAGGAUCAUGUCGCUCCGAUCUACGUCAUCAACCUUCUCAUUUCUGACCUCAUUCAGUUCUGCUGCAUGAUCGGUCGUGUGGCACCACAUGAGGACAAGAAUACAACUAGAAUUAUCAGUUCUAUCUACAACUCUAGUCUGAUAGCCAGUGUUGGCUUCAUGCUGUGCAUCGCCCUGGAAAGGUAUUUGGUCAUCGCCUGCCCACUGUGGUACCACUUCAGACGAAACAUCAAGAUCUCUGUGGUUGUCUGUGUCCUGGUCUGGAUAAUUUCUCUUGCCAUUGGCUCCACUUUUGUAUUUGGGUAUUUUUCAGAAAUCCCAGUAACCAUCUUAGCCAUAUUUUUCCUCCUUCCCCUCCCACUGCUCAUAUUCUUUCUGGUUGGGACCCUUAAAGCCCUGUCUGCUUCCAUCUCAGUUCCUGCUGAUGAAAAACGUCGAAUUCUGGCAAUGUUGGUCCUGGUGCUGCUUAUUUACACGCUGCUGUUCCUGCCCAGAAUCAUCAGGUUUCACAUAGUUGACAUGACCCUCUACAUCCUGUCUUAUGUGUUUCUUAAGUUGAGUCCUCUUGCAGACUUAGUUCUGUAUGUUUUCAUGAGGAAAGGGGCCAUAGACAAGCUUUUGGCCUCUGUGUGUUGUUGCAGAAUGGACAGCAAUGAUGUCAGCAGUUCAACAGUAUGAAUGAUGACAACAUGUCCACAGUCAGCUUCAUGUAGGCAGAGAGAGAGAGAGAGAGAGAAAGGGGAGAAACAGAAGAAGACAUGUAGGCAAAUAGAAAGGAUAGAGACAACAACUAUUAUGUCUUCUACUGAUAUGGUUUUCAAUAAGACACCUAACUGUUGAUGUAAGCCAUCUUUUGUAGGAGUUGGGUCUGCGCCAAUCACUCUUCUCUUUGCAACUUUGGAUCUAUCACCCUCUCCGACACACCUGUGUCAUGUUAUAGAUGUGCAAAGUAUUUUGCGUAUGACUAUUUUAGAAAAAAAAUAGUCUGAAGCUGAAGCACCCCUAAAAAUCAUCUCAGCACCCCUGAAAAUAAAGUCUUCAUCAUUGUGAUUCUGUGAAAUCGUUUAGUGCUCAAACGUUAUUACUUUUGCAAACCUGAUUUUAGCGAUGGAAUAGGAUAAAUGACGACAGGCUCAGCUCAGUUGUAGCCUAAAGUCAACAGCCUGUCUGUGAUUCACUGGACGAGGGCACCUCAGCCGACUGUUUGGGGAAUUCGGUCGUCAGAGUAUGGCUACUUUCAACCACUGAAAAGGUAUGGCUAAUGGAGUGAAAAUUAAAUCUAAUCGAAUGAACACGUUAAGUAGGCUACAGGUGUAGUAUUUGUGGAACCAGUCUGUGAUCCCUGAUCACAAUGAUAGUAAUUAUAUCUGAAUUAGCCUAGCUUAUUCACCACGGAGUCCAAUUUUGUUUUGAAACGUUAGACAAAAUUGCUAACUGUAGGCAUGUGUAGCUUAGGAGUAGCCUACAACAAGUUUUUAAAGUUUGCUAUUAAUAGCCUGCCGUAACGGCUUGAGCACCGCUAAAAAUAGCCUAUGCUACAGUUACCUCCCUACCAGACACUUUCUUAUUUUUAACUGUCAAUGCCAAUGAAAAAUAAAUAAUUCGACCUGACGGAUCAUCAUACUCAUUCAUAUCAGAACUGAUACACUGGAACAACAAACCCUGACCCACAGUUUCCCCAUAGAUGGAUAUACGUUUCUUUUUUUAAAGAAAACAGCCAGGUUCAGGAGAGAAAGUAUAAGAUAAGCCUUUAACAUUAUCCCACUGCACUGAACAGCAACCCCAUAUUCACAUAGGUUAUAAAUAGGUGAAUGUAUAACCUUUGGUAGCCUACACGAUACAUUCUCUGUUGAUUAGUUGAUUACAUUUGCCUUCUGGUUGACAGCACAAAGAAGUGGGGAGAAUAGAGAGGGUGAAGGGCAGAGAGAGCAAGAUUAACAAGGUGAGAAAAUGGCUAGGUAGCC